GAAAUCCUACUGAACUUCCUGUCAACACACACACAGAGACACACACGCUCAGGGUAAACACUGAAGUUAAAGAAGAAAGCCCUAGUUUACAGGAACAAAAUCGAUCGAAAUGAGGACGUCUGCCCUGCAAAUGUAAAGCAGUACCCAUGGAUCUCAGUGAGGAGGAGUCGGCCCCUCUGGUGAUCAGAGACCGGGGAGGCAGCCAGAGGUCCAGUUCUAGCACUGGUCUCGGUUUACAAGUGCACCUAUACUUCUUCCCAGCCACAAAGGAGGCAACAGCAAUACACAUUUCAUCUGGCCAAAUCUCUGCUGAAAAUGUCUGCAUCCAAGCCGGCAAACAAAUUGGAAUCUUACCAGUGUACCAAAGUCUUUUUGGUUUGGCAUCUGCCGAUCUCUCAUUUUGGUAUCCUCCAUCGCACAUGUUCAACACAGAAGAAGACUUACAAGUCUACUUUAGAGUCAGGUUUUUCUUUGGAAACUGGUUUGUACAAGGAACAAGAACAUCGUACCGCUACAGUCUGACUAGAGACAGAAUCAGUCCAGUGCUUGACUACAGUGUUAUUGAUUAUCUCUUUGCUCAGUUGCGAAACGACUUUAUUACUAGUGAGGCAGGAGUGUCUCCACCUUUGAGUGCCCAAGAGGAAUGCCUUGGCCUUGCAGUGCUGGACUUGUGGAGAAUGGCUAAAGAGCGCCAUCAGAGUGUUAAAGAGCUCUGCAAGACUGUCAGCUACAAAUCAUGCCUUCCUAAGUCACAUCGUCACGAGAUCCAGAAACGAAACCGUCUGGAUCGUUAUCGAAUCCGAAACACCCUGAAACGUUUCUUAAAGAAGCUUGGCAACUGCUCAGUAGAUGAGUGCAGCUUGAAGCUGAAGUACCUGAUUGAACUGGCUGGCAUCGAGCCUUCUUUGGGAAGCGAAACCUUCCAAGUGAAUCCUUCUUCCUCCCAUUCAAAGUCAUCUUUCUCUCUCGUGCGGGUCACUGGGGAAACUGGAAUUCAAACCAAUGGAAGUUGUGAUCCUGAUGAUAAACUGAUGUGGCAGACCUUCUGUGAUUUCAAAGAAAUCAUCGACAUCAGUAUAAAGAGGGUAUGCCAUGAACAGGUUCUCCAAGACAGCCGGAUGGUGACAAUAACCCGCAAAGAUGACAGAUGCUUGGAAGCCAAGUUCCAGAGUCUCAAGGAAGCACUUUCAUUUGUGUCACUUGUUGAUGGCUACUUCAGACUGACCACAGACUCUAGCCACUACUUCUGCCAAGACAUCGCUCCUCCAAGUCUUCUGGAAGGGAUCAAAAACCAUUGUCACGGCCCAAUCACAUCAGAGUUUGCAGUCAACAAGCUGAAAAAGUCAGGAUUUAAAGGCGGGACGUUCCUUCUCCGCCAGAGUCCCAAGAACUAUGACAACUUCUUCCUCACUGUUUGUGUUCAGACUCCACUUGGACUUGACUAUAAAGACUGUCUCAUUAUUAAGAAUGAGGACUACAGUCUUCCUGGUGUCCAGAAAUCAUUUUCCAGCUUGACAGAGCUCACCAGCUAUUACCAACACAACAAGCUGUUACUGGCUGAAGUACCUGUCAAGUUGGCCUGCUGCUGUCCACCCCAACACAAAGAGCUCACAAAUCUGAUCAUCGUUCGCAACAGCAGCUCUGUAGAAGCUCAAGGGUCCCCAACACCUGAAAGGAACAAAUUCAGUCAUAUCCAGUUCCACAUGAUCAAAUAUGGAGACCUGAAAUGGGGUGAAAGCCUCGGACAGGGAUCCUUCACUCGAAUUUUCAAAGGCUACAAAACAGACAUUCGUGAUGGGGAGAAACAUGUGACAGAAGUUUUCCUGAAAGAGCUCGAUGUCGUUCACAAAAACUGCUGGGAGUCAUUCUUUGAAUCUGCCAGCUUGAUGAGUCAGAUUUCACACAAACAUCUCCUCCUCGUAUACGGUGUCAGUGUUCAUGGAGUAAAAAACAUCAUGGUGCAGGAGUUUGUCGAGUACGGGGCCCUCGACCUUUACUUGAUGAGAGGGAGAUCUGUGUCAGUGAGCUGGAAACUUGACGUAGCCAAACAGCUUGCGUCUGUCCUAAACUUUCUGGAAGAAAAGAACAUUGUUCAUGGAAAUAUCUGUGCCAAAAAUCUGCUGCUGGCCAGAGAAGGUGACCUGUCACAGGGCAGCUCUCCUUUCAUCAAGCUGAGCGACCCGGGCAUCAGUGUUGCCAUGCUGGGCAAGGAUGUUAUCCUGGACAGGAUCCCCUGGGUGGCCCCUGAGGUGCUGGAGGACCCAGACAACCUGACUCUGGAGUGUGAUAAGUGGAGCUUUGGUGCCACUGUGUGGGAAAUCUUCAACAAUGGGAACACUCCGCUGCGAGGCUGGGACUUGGACCAGAAGCGGCUGUUUUAUGACAACUUCCAGCAGCUGCCUCCCUCCGAGUGGACAGAGCUAGCCGAUCUGAUCAGUCAGUGUAUGGACUACCAGGCAGCCUUCAGACCCUCCUGUCUCAGUAUUAUCCGUCAACUCAACAAUCUGAUCACUUCAGACUAUGUGAUACUACACGCCGCUGAGCCUGUCAUACAGAGCCCUGUGUGGAGAGCCCUCAGCCCUGCUCAACAAGACCAGACAUUCUUUGAGGAGAGACACCUACGCUGCAUCUCCCCUCUGGGAAAAGGAAACUUUGGCAGUGUCGAACUUUGCCGUUAUGACCCGCUGGGUGAUAACACCGGUGAACUGGUCGCUGUGAAGAAGCUGCAGCCAAACAAGCAGUCGACCCUGGAGGACUUCAAGAAGGAGGUCAACACCCUCAGCGUUUUUCACUGCGACUACAUCGUCAAAUACAGAGGAGUCUGCUACAGCAUGGGUCGCCUCACUAUGAGUUUGGUGAUGGAGUACCUGCCCUAUGGUAGCCUUAUUGGCUACUUGGAGGGUAACCGACAUAAUGUCAACACCAGGCGGCUGUUGCUUUUUGCUUCUCAGAUCUGUAAGGGGAUGGAGUACCUGCAGAGCCUGCGUUACGUGCACCGAGACCUCGCAGCCAGAAAUAUCCUUGUGGCCAGUGAGUCACUGGUGAAAAUCGCUGAUUUUGGGCUGACCAAGAUUAUUCCUUUUGACAAGGAGUACUACCGAGUCACGCAGCCUGGAGGGAGCCCCAUUUUCUGGUACGCUCCAGAGUCCAUCAAUGAGUCCAGAUUCUCCCACAAGUCAGAUGUCUGGAGUUUUGGAGUUGUUCUUCACGAGAUCUUCUCCUACUGCGACAUGAACUCUAACCCAAAAAGACUAUGUAUGCAGGAGAUUGGACACAAUGUGCAGGGUCCGUCCAUUUCAGUGCAUCUGGCAAAUAUUCUAAAGAAUAACUGGAGGUUGCCAACUCCUCCAAACUGCCCACCAAAGGUGUACAGUUUGAUGAAGCAGUGCUGGGCGUACGACUUUGAGGAGCGGCCGUGUUUCUACAGCCUGGGAAACCAAAUUGAAACGAUCAUGCAGGACGAGAGAGUGAACCUUAAAUGCUGACAAGGAACCUCGUUGCACCUCACAGCUGAACUCAUGAGAGCAACAAUAUGAAAUGAUACAAUUUAAUUUAUGGUCUCAAUUGAAGUUCAGUCCACACAAGUAUCACACUCACAGCAGUGGACAACACCCAGUUAUGUAAGCAUUCACAUACUGAUAAUAGAAUUUCAGAAGGGCUGGGUCAUGAGUCUAGGCUACUCCCUAAACAUUCAAAUAAAGCUCACUUUAUGCCCUUUUAUAAUGUACAAAGACACAUUCACAAGUGAGCUGAGGGAAGAUCAUUAUACUCCCAGCUGCUGCAUAGGCUAUGAACACAACAGAAGUUGUAUUGCUUACGUAAGAGCAUGUUUGUUGGUUAGUGUUUAAUCAAUCACGGUUUUUGUUAACCAGUACAAUUUUCAAACUAGCAGAUAUUGUGUAAGGUCUUGUCUGGCCACAAACAAGGACAGCAAAAUUUACUUAAGGCAGAUGAAAAAUGGAAGUUAUCUGGAUGUAACUUCAAUUCAAUGAGUACAUGUGUAGCCCAUUAGAGGGCUGGGAACAUACGAAAAAGAACAUUUAUUGGUCACAGUCUUCCUGCUAACCUGCCAGACAGCUACUUAAUGUCUAAGAGCUUAGGGCAGUACAUUUCAUCAUGUUUUCUUAUAGUCAAAUGUAUCACAAUAUUCACAACACAUGAUAAGUAGAAAAACUGUAAUGUGUUAAUGCUCAGGGCUCACUCACAAAAUUGUUAUUUUGGGCAACAAGAUUUCAACAACGGGUAAAGGAUAUUUAACUCUUUCCUCAUGCCAGAAUUAUAACUAAUUAAAAUAUUUUAUAAUUUAGUAAGGUACACUGUACUGGACACUGCAAAACAUGUAUGACUUUUACAUCUGUGUCUAAAGGGGUCAAAGAGUUACCAAAACUGAAAAACAGACUUAAAGCUUUGUGUUUUUUUUUUUUAAUUUCUUUUAAAGUAUUGAGAAGAAAUAUAUUUUGCAUCUCAUAUUUUCCAUUCGUAGUGUAGUGUUGUAGUGAAGAUUAGUUGUAUUUUGUGUUCUUAUUUACAUCCUUUGCCAUGUUUUAAAUAAAGUAAUUUUGUGGCAGCA